UGGGAUGUUUUCUCAGGUGUUUGAUGUGAUAUUUUCUUCUCAUAUCGAUAUGAUUUAUUUUUCAUGCCAAAAAAAAAAAAAAAUUGACCUUGGAAUUUACAACUCGAUUUGCACAAUUUACUAAAACUCCCCUGUGAUAUAUCACAAAUGUAAUCCAUUUGCAUGUGAUUCUUAAUUUUGAUUACUCCAUCUUAAAAUGAAGUAACUUAAAGUAUUAUGGAGACUUUGGAACGUUUACUGUCGACUUAAAGCACCUCUGUGAUACAGAUGCUACUCCAUGUCAUUUUUGGCCUCUAUUAAUUCAUAUAUUAGAUACAUCAAUUGUUAUAUUUAUUAUUAUAUGCAUGAACAAUGAAAUUUCAGUGACAGCUAAAUCUGAUGUGUAGGUUGGAUAAUAUGAGGCAUUAUCAUGCCAUAUUGUACAGAAAUGAAGUUGAUAAAUUAGACGGAUAAAUCACUCAAAAAGUUCUCAGUCAUAAAUGUAACAUUUGAAUUGUACUGUGGAGUGUUGAGUUUAUAUAUAGAAGUGGGUAACUUUCACUUUCCUGUAUGUAUGCAUGCUUCCUUGGAUUAACUCCGACUGUUGGUACACAGAACCUCGUGACUCAUUGCCGUGCCUUUCUGUAUUUUUCAGGUUUUGCCAGACACUGUAGGGAUACAAGUAAACACUUUUCCUGUGACUCUUUGUUUGAAGCCGUUUUGUUCCCUCUUCUAAUCAUUUGUGAUGUUUUAAAAGUUCUCUGUUGAUUUAACAUUUGGAUUUAUUUUACUGUUUCCAUCAGAUCUGUGAUAAAAAUAUUUUUAGUGAAAUUACACAGAGUUUUAAUGUCUUAAGUUAUUUACAAAAAACUGUGGACAAAGAAGUAAGUUAGCUCGAUCAGACCUGCAACAGGAAAACCGUGAUUCAACAUUUGGAGAGAUCGAGACUGCGUAAGCCUGGCUUGCGUCUUGGUGCAGGAAGUUGUUAUAUUUUUGAAACAGUAAUUUAAUUGAUAUGGCUCGAGCUAUCUAUUAAUUUUUAGUCUCAAGUUUAUCUGUCUCUAUAUACAUUCAUAGAAAAGACCAUAUGAUAUUCAGAAGAAAGAGCAAUAUGUCUUCAAAAGACUGUGAUGGACGUGGAAAUUUCUGACGUAUUGGGAUUUAUAUUAAAUGUGAAAAGUGUGAAGUGACUCUUCAACUCAGAAAUUUGCUACUGAAUCAUGGAGAGGAUAAAUAACUUGGGAGUGAUUAAUGUCUCGAAUUGUGCAACUGAAGUGGAAAGUUUAAGUGUGUGAGAAAGUUAAUGCACAGAUGUGAUGGAAAAAAAUUGGUUACUGAACUUUCAGUUGAGAUUAAUUUGAGUUGAACUUGUGUUUAUGUUUCACUUUUGUUUCAUUGUGUCUGAUCCCCACAGCUGAGAGCGAGGAUAUAAGUGUAUAAAGGAAGUGUUCAUUAAAUAUUACUAUCUAAGGAUGAAAAUUUACAUGUAAACAUUUUGUAAAUGUAUGAGAAGUGAAGACUGAAGAUAUGGCAAAUUCAACUGUAGAAGUUCUGGAAACCAACUCAAAUUCUAUAAUGUCUUCAGUAGCAGACUUGUCCUCUGCAUUAUCAACAAAUGACCCAAAUUCAUCCUCGGUCACCCAGGAAAGUUCACCAGUGACUGUAGAUGUCAGUACCACACAACAAUCAGUAACAAAUUCCCAAGUUUCAGAGAUUAGCCAGCUACCAACACCAUUGUCUGCUUCACAAGAGACAACAUCCACUGCUUUACAAGAGACAACAUCCACUGCUUUACAUGAGACAACAUCCACUGCAUUACAAGAGACAACAUCCACUGCUUUACAAGAGACGACAUCCACUGCUUUACAAGAGACAACAUCCACUGCUUUACAAGAGACAACAUCCACUGCUUCACAAGAGACAACAUCCACUGCUUUACAAGAGUCAUCAGCUGAUCUAGCAGUGACACUUCAAUCGUCCUCUGACAUAUCCCAGCUUAGUGUAUCUCCCAGCUCUGACAUCGUGUCUGAAGUAACCUCCUCCAUAUUAUCAUCCACCCCAGUGAAACACACUGAACGUUUAGAUUCAGUUUCUUCAUUAUAUUCUCCUACCCCAGCAUCUUCCCAAUCCUCGGUGACUAUAACAUCAGCAUUAUCGUCGAUUCCGUCGUCUGCAUUAUCAUCGUCUGUAUCAGAGUCUUCCAUCAUCUAUCCUCCCAGCACACUCGAGCAAUCAUCAGAUUCAUUGUCACCUAGAUCAACACUGGUAUCAUCAUCCACACAAUACUCACCCAGUCUCAGUUUAAUGUCGUCUUCCACGCAUCUCCAAUCCUCCUCUUCAAAAUCCUUUAUGUCUUCCACUCCGACAUUAAUCCUGCCAUCUUCCACCAAAGCCAUAAGCACAGAUCCUGUGGAAGUCAUACCAACAUCAUCCAUGAAAACAUAUUCUCCCACCACCAUUCUUCCGGUGUUACCAGCUUCUGGUUUAGUUUUACCAGGAGGAGACAGACCAACCACGGAACAAACAAAUAAUACCGUCACCACCACAGCAGCUCCAUUGCUGGGGACUGGACUUGAACUUAUCAUUGCAUUGUCCAUCAUUGGAGCUGGGCUCUUCAUCUUCUUCAUCAUCGUCGUCUGCAUCUGCUGUAGGAAGAAAAAACCCAGAAAGCAGGAGAAAUACGAGCCCAAUGCUGCUACAGAGGAUUUGUGGGUUUCAAGGUCAGAGGUACCCCUGAACCAUGUGGACUCUCUCCCCCAGGUCAAGACUUACAAUGAAGUGGAUGGGGGCAGCAUUAAGUUACGGAAUGGAAUCACACAUUUUAAUACGGCAACAGUCAGGAGAAGCUACAGCCCGGCCUUCCGACACACUGUCCGAUUUUUUGACGAGGGGUCCCAUAUAUACACAAGAGAUGGUCAUUUAGUGGAGGAAAAAUAUGUUGCGAUGUAUAACUUCGAGGGAAAGGAUGAAGAGUGUCUGACCUUGAAGGAGGGAGAUGUUGUCGUGGUAACCAACAAAAAUGAUAGUGGCUGGUGGACAGGAAGUCUGGAUGGGAAAACAGGAGUGUUCCCAGGAAGUUAUGUAAAAGAGGUCCCUCCAGAGGUGGAUUUUCAAAAGAAUAACCGACUCAGCAAUGGGACACAGCCAUUUGAGAUUUCUCUUGAUGUGGACACCAAUGUCCUCCGUCCAGUCUCCUCCUUCAUGUCCCCAGACUCAGGAUUUACAAAAAGAGCAUCCACUCUCCAGAAGGACUCCAGCAAAGGCUCCACACUGACCAGGCAUACUUUGGGUAAGGAAGUACCCAUUCCUCAUAUACCUGAUGAGCAGGAGGAAGAUGAAGACAAGAAUUCUGUCAAGAGGAGGUCCACCAUUUCCCCUGUCAAGGAGGACUGCAAUGUUGAUGGGGUCCAGUUUAAGGUUCUGUUUAAUUAUACGGCUAACUGGACGGAGGAACUGAGCCUACAGGAGGGAGAGAUAGUGACAGGGAUUAAAAAGGAUCGCAAUGGCUGGAUGUACGGGCGCAGAAACCGCACAAACGAGGUCGGGAAUUUCCCAACUGUGUAUGUUGAGAAAGCUACCAAGGAGGACAUAGAGGCUGCCAGUUUCUCUCAGCAUGGCUACCCAGACAAGGAGACUGUGUACCGACAACUGCAGGUCAACAGAACCAGUCACCAUGACGAGGAUCUCAUCGGCAUAGAGCAUCGAGCCUUGCAUUACUAUGCUGCAGAAGAUGAACACGAUCUGUCAUUUGAUAAAGGGGAUACCAUUAUUGUCUAUGAAGUCAAUGAAAAUGGUUGGUGGAAAGGUAGCCAUGGUGAUGAGGUUGGCUGGUUCCCAGGAAGUUAUGUGGAGGCAGUUAGGCCAUCAGAGCUUGUGGAUGAAGAUCCAACAGAACUUAAAUACAAAGGACCAGGGGAGCUUACUAUUCGUUCUGAUGAUAGAAUUCGCUCUAGUUCAUUCUUAUCCGUGGGGUCAGCUACCAACAUAUCCAAAACAUCAGAUGAAGAAACGGGCUCGGUGUGCUCCACUGGUACCACAGACAGUAGGCGGCGCCCAGUCAGGAAAGCACCACCUCCUCCAGUGGAUCUCAAGAGUCCACGUACCCCCACAACGAAACAGCCGCCAAGACCACCCUCACUUGUACCCUGGGCCAUUCAUACUGAGUCCACUCCAAAUGACAAAUCAGCAAAUUGGAGUCGUGAUUUCAGCCCGAGUGGCAGCUGCAAGAGUAUCAGUGAAUCCGAUUCAGUGGAUGGAGCUAUAAAUACUAGUAGGUCCCUGAAACCAGAGGUGCCCAAAAGGUUUAUAAAGCCCAAACUGGUGAAAAUAUCAAAGAAGAAAAUAAACCUGAAACCCUCUUCCAGUUCAGUUCGGGCUUCCAAAUCCCCCCCUCCUCCCCGCCCUGAUUUUCCCAAACAUAUACCCAAGAGUCCACUCAACAGAAGUAAGGAUGAGAGCAAUCAGUACAGUAAGCUCAAUGGGACUGCAAACUCCUUCACAGAGAGCCAAGACAUGCGGUCCAACAGCCAGAACAACUCCGCAGUCACCGACUCGGACAUCAGUGGGGUGGAGGCUUUGCAGUUUUCCAGCUCAGAAAAGGACCAAAGUUCUGUACAGAAUAAGAGUGAAAAUGAGGGUGCUGCUGACAUAAACUCUGAACCAAAAAGCAGGGAACAAAAUGAGCAAGCCUCUGGCCUGUCGUCAUUUAAGAACAAAUCUAAAGAAUUAUCUCCAAAUGAAGCAAGACACUCAACGCCAAAAUACCAUGCAACUCCAAACUUUUCUGAUUCUUCACUUGUUAAGAGUAAGAAAAUGAAUGGUAGUGUGGAUGCUAACAGUUCUGUCCCAGAAACAGAGACAAGUAUUACUGAAGUGUCGGGAUUGGAUGAAACUGAUGGAGAUGUAAACAGCCCAAAAGUCCCACCAAGUCCCAAGCGUAGCCGCCUUCCCAUGCUGUCUGGGAUCGAUGCAGGGGCCAAUGUUCGUCGAGCUCGUUCCAAAGAGCGUCCACCUCCUGUUGCUCCAAAGCCAAUAAACAGAAAGUCUCAGAUUCAGAGGCUGAGAUCAUUAGAACGCAGCCAAUCAGAGGUUGAGAAUUCAUCACAUGACCAGUCCUCAUUACAAGAUGAUAGCAGCAGUAUUUUGAUACAUGAUGGCUUGGAUUCUUCAAAUAAUAAUUCCACACACCUGAAUGAUAGUCACAAUCAAAGUAAUUCUACUUCACAGAUUAAAAAAUCAAGUACACCUGUUCAACAAAAUCCCCAGAAAUUUUCCGCAAAACAGACUACAAAUAGUAGUCGUAUUCCCAAAACAGCAAGUGGGGCUACAAAACGGCCUGGUUCAGCAGUCACUGGGAAACCUUCAGAAAACUCGGACAAAAAUUUCAGUAAGCAAACAUCGGCCACUUCACAAGGGUCUGGUGGUUUUCCUGAAAUGAUCUCUCCAGGAAAACCCCCAACCCCAAAACCAAAACGACCAGACAAUCCACCAAACAAAUCUGAUAGUCAAACACCAACACGUAGGAAAACCAGUGCUAGUCCAAGUCGCAUUCCUUUAGGGAAAUCUCCUACUCGCAAACCUUCUGACUCUGGUGCUAAAACAAAAAUACCUCAGAAUCAUUCUCCUAACAAAAAAUCUAGUAACAUGGACGUGAAAUCAACAUCCAAGAUUCCCACAAUUCCCUCGACAAAUGGACAAAGAAAUGGACUUCCCAAGACACCACCUGUAGAAAGUCCGAGUAGUCGUGCCAGAGCACUCUCUACUGAUUCCCCAAAGGGCAGCCCCUCCAAAAGGGGACAGAGUAGCAUCCCAAAGCCUCCAAGACCCAGUAAACCCUUCAUUCCGCUGGAUGAAGUAGGAGCAGGGGGAGACAACUCGACUGCUCCAUCACACCACAGGCUCCAGUUGAAGAAAGCUGUGUCUGGAUAUGAAGCCCUCAAUGAAUUUGAACUGUCUUUCAGUGAGGGAAGUCUUAUAACAGUGAUAAGUGAGGAUGCAGACAACCCUGGGUGGUGUGUUGGACGGCUUCCAGACGGCACAACGGGGCGGUACCACGCCAGUUUUGUGGAAGAUCUUCCUCUAGAGGGACUCACGGCUGUAUAACCAAAAAAGCUGUCCACAUUGUCUUGCCAUGAAGAGAUAGAUCAUGCUUGUCUUUACUUGUCUGCUUUAUUCCUGAUGUAGUUUGGAUUUACACAAUAUUUAUAGACAAGAUGAGAUAAUGUUGUCUUUCAAGAGACGAGCCAUGAAAUUUUUCUGACGGUUAUGAGUUUCAUUUGUUUUUCUUGUGUGAAAAUGAUUGUACAUGUACCUGUAAAAACUUAAAUCUGUGUGUGUUUUAAUGUUUAUACGCAAUGCAUUUAAUGCAUCCAUUGAAAAUAUUGGCACUUUUGAAUGUUCUUAAAGAUGUGCAGUAAUUUUCCAAGUGUCUAGUGCUUUGAUUAACUGACUUUUGAUAGUUGUUUUAAUUUUUUUCCGUCUGUUUUUAGAUAUUUCUCUUUGAAAAUUGUUGCAUUAACACGUGCAUUCAGUGAAACAAUGGUUGAGCACUGCAAUGUUUAAGAACUUAGAUAUGCCAAAGAUGGUAAUUAUAUUUAUUGCCAACUGUUUAAUUGAUCGAAUGAAAGCUUUAAUAAAUAAACAUUUUAUGAAAAUGAAA